AUGGCUCGCCGAGGUCUCAAAAUAUGCUGCUUCACCUCGGCGGUUCUCCUGGCCAUUCUUACUAUCAUCAUCGUGACCUUGUCGCUCACGAUCUUCAAGCCCAAACAGCCUCAGAUUACGACCCACGCCAUCGGCCUUGAGAGCAUCCAGUUCAACAUCACUGGUACCAAUGUCACGCUAGAUGUCACGUUAAGCAUGCUCGUGACGAUCAACAAUCCUAACUAUGGCGGAUUCGAGUACAAGAGCACGACGGGUUACGUUAGCUACCAUGGGUCAAUGGUGGCCGAGGUCCCCAUCGAGCACAGCAAGAUCCCCCCUCGGGCGAAAGUCAACAUAACCACUUCGACGGAUCUAAUUGCCGAUAAAUUGCUAUCAAACCCAAGUUUCUGGGGAGACGUCGCCUCCGGCUGCUUCAACUUCACUUCGAUGACCACUUUGCAUGGGAAAGUCAAUCUGGCAAAGAUCUUUAAGUUCCACGCCACUGCUUAUAGCACCUGCUACAUCUUAUUUCACAUUCAGUCUCAGGCCGUAGACUCUAAAUGUAAUUCCAGGAUAAAGCUAUAG